AUGGAUGCAUCAUCACCUUCAACAUCAAAAAUUUUACAUCAAACUCAAUUAAGAAAUUAUUUUGUUGCAGCUAAUAAUGGACAUGAGUUAACAACUGUUGUUGAACCGAAUACAAAAAUAUGUGAGUAUGAGGAUACUGAUGUCGUGGCUUCCUAUAGUGUACAUCCAGGUGUACCAAUUUCAAAUUUAAGUACAACCGAGACAACAGGUAGUGGUAGUGAUGAUGAGAAUAUUACACCACCAUGGCAUAAUGAAACGACCAUGACAAUAUCUGCAACACCAGAAAAGACAAAAAAAACACAACAACGAAAAGGAAAAUCUAUAAAAAAAUCAUUAAUACAAGAAGAAGAGGAAGAAGAUGAUGAAGAAACAAAAGUUUAUAAACAACGACUUAGAAAUCAACCACGUAAAGUUUAUAAUGAUGAUGAACCAAAACUCAAGCAAACAAUUAUUGAUGCUGGACAAAAAAUGCUCGAUGCUAUUAUAUGCAAACGUUGUGGUAUGGCUUAUUUUCCACAUUCAGCUGAAGAUAAAGCAGCUCAUGCAAAAUAUCAUAAUUAUACAACAUCUGCUAUACGUUUACGUAAUCUUAAACAUCAACAUAUAUUACAACAAUUUCUUGAUGGAAGUAUAUAUAUGAUUGGUUGUACAUCACCAUCAACUGAACAAAAGAAAGCUGAACAUGUUAGAGAAUUAAUUGAUAAUGAAUUAGGAAUUACAACACCAUUUAAUUGUUUAUGGAGUGAAACAAAAGCAUAUUUUUAUAUUGAAGAUUGUACUGAUAUUGUUCUUGGUUAUUGUCUUGCACAUAUUGUUCAUCGAGUUCAUGUACUUGAUUUAAAUGAUGAAUCAAAUAUUGAUACACAAACUGAAAUGAAUAAAAUGCUUUGUGGUAUAGCUCGUAUAUGGUCACAUCCUGAUCAUCGUCGAGCUCGUAUUGCAACAAAAUUACUUGAUUGUGUUCGAACAAAUUUUUUCUUUGGUAUUGUUAUUAAACGUGCUGAUUUGGCUUUUUCGGCACCGACCGAUGAUGGACAUAAACAAGUAGAUCGUCAAUAUAGAAUGAUGGAAUCAAGUUUGACGUCAAGUUUUCUUAAAAUUGGUGAUACAGUAGCUUUAUACGCUGAAGGUACUGUUUGUGGAUUUAUAAGUACACUUGGACUUGUUGAUGAUCGUUGUGUUGUUCAGCCUGAUGCUGGUGAUUUACAAAAACCACCAAAAAAAUUUCGCGAUUGUCUUUUUCGUAUAUGUCCCAGUCAUCGUUACAGUGCCCAAGCUCAAUAUUGGAAUGCAUUGAAAAAUUCUAGUAAUAUUCGAGAUAUAAAAAAAUUACAAAUAGCUGCUGAUACAGAAAAACGUCAAAAUGAAGCUGAAAGUCGAAAACAAACUGGAACAAUUAUUAAAUAUGGUGAUACUGUUGUACAAUUACUUCAUAUAAAAAGUAAUAAAUAUAUAACUGUUAAUAAACGUUUACCAGCUAUUUUGGAAAAAAAUGCAAUGCGUGUUUCAUUGGAUGUUAGUGGUACAGAAGGUUCAUGGUUUCAAAUUGAACCUUAUUAUAAACUUCGUGCAAAAGGAGAACGAGUCGUUGUCGGUGAUAAAGUCGUUCUUAUGCCUUAUAGUGGUGGACAACCAUUACAUGUCAGUGAAUUAGAAUUACCUGAUAAUCCUGGUUCAAAAGAAGCUAAUUCUCAUCUUCAAACAAGUUGGAAAAUUGUUUUAUUUAUGUCUUGCCAUGAAGCAACAAAUGAAGUAUUAAAAAGUGGUGAUAUUGUACGUUUAUUUCAUGCUGAACAAGAAAAAUUUUUAACCUGUGAUAAUUAUCGAAAAAAAACUGUUGUCUUUUUACGUGCAACUGGUCGUGCAUCAGCAACAUCAGCAACAUCAUCAAAUGCUUUAUGGGAAAUUGAAGUUGUACAACAAGAUCCAUGUCGUGGUGGUAUUGGUCAUUGGAGUUCAUUAUUUCGUUUUAAACAUUUAGCUACAGGACAAUAUCUUGCUGCUGAAGUUGAUAAUGAUCAAACAUUUGAUGCAACACGACAAAAAUUACGUGGAGCAACAAGUACACCUGUAUUUGCACUUAUACCUAUUCCACAUGCAUAUGAUAUAUCAUCUUUAUUUGAACUUGAUCCAACAACAAUAACACGUGAUGAAGAUCCUGUAGCAUGGGGUUCAUAUGUACGUUUACAACAUAUAUGUACAAAUACAUGGAUACAUUCAACAAAUAUUAAAUUAGAUCCUGAUGAUGAUAAUGUACGUUUUAAAAUUGGUUGUGCUUUAAUGAAAGAAGAUAAAGAAGCAUUUCAAAUUGUACAUGUUUCACCAGAUGAAGUACGAGAUUUAGAUUUUGCUAAUGAUGCUGCACAGUAUUUGGAUACAACUGCAUCAAAAUGGGAAAAACAUGGAAUUAUAAAUGCACAUGCUAAUGAAAGAAAGCAAACGAUGUUAUUAUUAAGUGAUAUAGUUUAUUUUCUUGCUUGUCAAGUAAAUAAUGGAAGUGAUGCAUUUGAUGUUCAAAUUUCAAAACCGAAUCGUGAAAGACAAAAAUUAAUUCGUGAACAAAAUAUUCUCAAACAAUUAUUUCGAAUACUCCGAGUAUUAAAACCACGUUUAGAAUUGGAGAGAUCAAAUACAAAAUCAAUAAAAGUUUCAGAUUAUUCUUCUACAAAUUCUACUCCAAUGUUAAAUAAUGAACAAUUUAUUACAUCUUCACAUCAACAAGAUGUUGAUGCACGUCAUUCAACAAUAACACAUCAAAUAAAAACAAUUUGUCGUCUUUGUUAUCGAAUACUUAAACAUUGUCAACAAGAAUAUCGAAAAAAUCAAGAAACUAUUGCAAAAGAAUUUUCAUUUAUGCAAUCUCAAAUUGGUUAUGAUAUAUUAGCUGAAGAUACUAUAACAGCAUUAUUACAUAAUAAUAAAAAAUUAUUAGAAAAACAUAUAACAGAAAAAGAAAUUGAUACAUUUGUUAGAUUAUUAAGAGAAAAACGAGAUUGCAAAUUUCUUGAAUAUUUAUCAGAUUUAUGUGUAUCAAGUAAUCAAGCUAUUGCACGAACACAAGAAAUGAUAUGUAAAUCAGUAUUAGAAAAAAAUUCUGAUAUUUUAAUACGAACAAAACUUGAAAUAAGAUCAUGUGUUGAAGAUAUGAUUUUAGAUGAUAAUACAAGUUCACCAAUUGGUUUAUCAAGUCAAAAUAUGUUACAAGAAGUUCGAUUAUCAUGGGAUGGAAAAUCAGAAUCAAUUGAAUAUAUGGCUGGUGUUGUAAGAGAUCAACCUUCACAUAAAAGACGAGAAGAAUUUAAAAAUAUGCUUGAAUAUUAUAGAGAUCAAUUAAAUUUAUUUUCUCAUAUGUGUUUCGAUCGACAAUAUUUAGCAAUUGAUAAUUUGUCAAUAGAAUUAACAAUUGAACUUAUUCUAACUGAAAAUCUUCCAUCAGAUUUACGUGCAGCAUUUUGUCGUUUAAUGAUUCAUAUACAUGUUAAUCGUGAUCCACAAGAAGAAGUAACACGUAUAAAAUAUGCACGAUUAUGGAAUCAAGUUAAAUCAACUAUAUCUUUAAAUGAUUAUGAUCAAACCAUCAAUGGUUCACUUGAACCAACAGAAAAAAAUGAAAAUCAAGUAAAAUUUGAAUCAACAAUGAAAUUUGUUGAAGAUUAUCUUAAUACAGUUGUUCAACAACCAAAUUCAUUUGCUGAUAGAGAACAAAAUAAAUUAACACAUGAAGUUGUUAAUUUAGCUCGGCGUUUAAUUUUCUUCGGUUUUUAUAGUUUUGAAGAUUUACUUAAACUAACAAAAACACUUCUUGGUAUAUUAGAUACAAGUAAAAUUAUAGAUAGAAAUAUAAUUAAUCCACAUUCAGAAAAAAAUCCAACAAGUGUUAUAUCAAAUCCAAAAUCAUCAAAAUAUGACUCUAUCUUUGCUCCAAUUUUAUUUACUGUAACAGAUACAACUGCAGAACAACCAACUGAGACAAUUGAUGAUUUAGCUUAUAAAACAAAAAUGAAUAUUAUUGCAAUUCUUGAGUUUAUUCUUGAUAUUCGACUUGAUUUUCGUAUUUCUCGUCUUAUUUCCAUGUUUAAACAAAAAUUUGAUCAUCUCGAAUCAAUAUCAAAUUUACUUCAAAUAACUGAUAUUGAAUGUAUAUUUGAUUCUAAUGAACCAAAUCUUGAUUUAGAUGAUGCAAAAGGCAAAACAUUUCUUAAAGUUUUACUUAAUCUAAUUAUGCAUGAUUAUCAACCAUUAGUAUCACGUGCUUUAUCAUUACUUUUUCGACAUUUUAAUCAACGUAAAGAAACAUUACAACAUUUAAAUCAAGUACAAUUACUUGUUAGUGAAACUGAUGUUGAAAAUUAUAAACAAAUAAAACGAGAUUUAGAUCAAUUAAGAUUAUUUGUUGAAAAAUCAGAAUUAUGGGUUUAUAAAAAAUUAAAAGAUGGAACAGUAACAACGGCAAAUGGAAUUGAAAUUAAUAUUGAACAAGAAGAUAGAAAAGAUGAUGAAUUACAAAUAAAGAAAUUCGCAAAUUCCUCUGGUUUAACUGAUACAGAAUGGGAUAAUGGUGGUCCUAUUAUCAAUGAAGAAUCAGCUUAUCGAUAUACAUCGAUUUUUCAGAUUCUUUGUCGAAUGAUGAAAUUAUGUGUUGUUGAAAGUAAUGAUGGUACUUUAUAUGCACGUGAAAAUGAACAACGUUUAUUAAGAAAUAUGGGUGUACAUGUUGUUGUACUUGAUUUAUUAAAAAUUCCAUAUGAUAAACUGGAAGAUACUCGAAUGAAUCAUAUCAUGAAAUUAGCUCAUAAUCUUUUACAAUAUUUUUGUUAUGAAAAUCCAACAAAUCAAACGAAAUUAUAUGAUUUAUAUUUUAGUGAUUAUGCACAAAUAUCUGAGGAACAAGAAGUAGAAACAUGCUGUUAUAUAUUUCUGAAUAAUAUUCAAUUAUGUAAAACAAUAACUGAAAAACAUGUUCAACAUUUUGUUCAUUUAAUUGAAUUACAUGGACGAAAAUUUAUAUAUAUAAAAUUUCUUCAAACAAUUGUUAAAGCAGAAAAUCAAUAUAUUAAAAAUUGUCAAGAUUUAAUUAUGUCUGAAUUGGUUUCUUCCGAUGAAGUAUUAAUGUUUUAUGAAAAAGGAAGUUUAAAUGAUCUUGUUGAACGUAUGCAAUCAGAAAAUGAACGUACAAAUCCAAAUUCAUUAUUAAAUUAUCAUAUUCAACUUGUUCAUUUAUUGGCAAUGUGUACUGAAGGAAAAAAUGCAUCAACAGAAAUUAAAUGUCAUUCAUUAAUUGGUCUUGAUGAUCUUGUUUUAAUAGUAACAGAUCCAUCUUGUAUUCCUGAAGUUAAAGAUGCUUAUAUUACAUUUUUAAAUCAUUGUUAUAUUGAUACUGAAGUUGAAAUGAAAGAAAUUUAUAAUAGUCAACAUAUUUAUACAUUAAUUGAUAAAUCAUUUUGUCCGGAUAUUGAACACGAUCAUUAUAUGUUUGAUGAUAGUGGAUCAAUUGAGAUCUCACCAUCAACAAUUGUUUCCUCGGAGCAACGCAAUGCAACUCUUGUAACACUUCAUAAUCAGUUACUACGAUUAUAUAGUGUACCAUGGUUAACAACAGUACAACGUGAACGUGUUGAUCGAUGUAUACAUAUAAUAUCAUUAAUUGCUGAUCGACGUGGUCUUAUUCAUUUUUUACGUUCAAAUCAUAGUUCAUUUAGUGAAUCAACAGUACAUUCAGAACGUACAAGUCGUAGUGUAACAGCAGAACAACAACAUAGUCAUGAUUAUUUAAUGGACGGACAUGAUCAUUCACAAGAUAUUGAACAUAAACGUGUUAUUGAUGGUUUUGUGGCUUUUCUUUCUCAAGUUAGUGUUCGACUUAGUCCAUUAAUUCAAGCAGAAAUAAGUAUACUUAUCGAUGUUAUUCGUGCACCUUAUGCUCUUUUUUCUGAUAAAAAUGAAUGUCGAAUAAAAUUUCUUCUUGGAUCAUUCGUUCAUAAACUAAUUCAACAUGCUAAAUAUUUUCUUAUACAAACAGAUGAAAUUCUAUGUUUACGUAUAAUGCAUGCACUUAAAUCAAUGGUUAAAUGCAAUCAUGAAUUUGAUCCAGUGGGAUUAAGUUUAAGAUUAAAAUUACUUCGACUUUAUUUUUCUGAUGAUUCACAAUAUUUAAAAUCUCUUCAUCAAACAUUAAAAGAAGAAGAUGUUAUUGAACGAUUACGUUUAAUACAAAAUGAAUUAAAUCAACAAGGUGCUAGUGAUCUUGUUGUUGAAUUAUUUAUAAGUCAUUCAUCAAUAAAUAUUCUCGAAGAAAGUAUUCAUUUAGCUAUUGCUUUACUUGAAGGUGGAAAUACUGAAGUUCAAACAAGUAUUUAUCGUCGUUUACAUGAAUGUGAAAUAGCAUCAGAAAAAUUCUUUCAAGUUUUUUAUGAUAAAAUGUAUACAGCUCAAAAAAUAUUAAAAAGUACAUCAUCCAUAACAAAUGAUAUUCCUAUAGAUUAUGAUGAUUUUGAUGAUAUUCUAUUUACAUCAAAAUCUAAGCGUAUUUCAUUAAUACCAAAUUCAACAAUAAAUAAUCGACAACAAUCACAUAUAUUAUCAACAGAUGAGAAAGUUAAUAUUGAAUCAUUAUCGAAUCAUCCAUUUGAAUCUCAAAUAAAUACUAAUAAUAAUAUUACUGAAAUACAAUCUCCACAAGUAUUUGAAGCUACAACAUUUACUUAUCAAGCUUCACCACAAUCAGAUCAAAAAAGAAGUUUAACCCCUGAAACAAUUGAUAUUUUUGAUUUUCAGGCUCAAAAUCGUCGUCAUAAACUUGUAUUUGAAAUUCGUAUAAUGCAACCAAUAUUACGAUUUUUACAAUUACUUUGUGAAAAUCAUAAUCCUGAAUUUCAGAAUUAUCUUCGAGUACAAAAUAAACAUAAAACAAAUUAUAAUCUUGUUUGUGAAACAUUAAAAUUUCUCGAUGCUAUUUGUGGUUCACAAACAGGUUUACUUGGUUUAUUGGGUAAUUAUAUUAAUGAAGAUAAUGUUGAAUUAAUUAAUCAAGCAUUAAUUACAUUAACUGAAUAUUGUCAAGGACCAUGUCAUGAUAAUCAAGAUGCAAUUGUUAAUCAUGAAUCAAAUGGUAUUGAUAUAAUUAUUGCUAUUGUUUUAAAUGAUAUAACACCAUUGAAUCAAAAAAAUUAUGAUCUUGUACUUGAAUUAAAAGAUAAUGCAUCAAAAUUACUUUUAGCUGUCAUGGAAAGUCGUGAUGAUAGUACAAAUGCAGAACGUAUUCUUCGAAAUAUUACUCCUGUUUCACAAUUACUUGAUGUUGGUUGUCAAAUCUAUGCUCGUGGUAAACAACAAGAUAUUGAAAGUAAAGAAAUUGAAAAUAAUGAAAUAUUACAUGAAGAAGAAAUAAAUGAUAAUGUAAAUAAUGUUGCACAAACUGUUGGUCAUAAUAUGUAUAUUCUUACAUAUCAACUUGCUCGUCAUAAUCGUGAACUUGAAAGUUUAAUGAAACAACGAACAUUAAAUGAUGAAGCAUUAUCUUAUUAUCAUAAACAUACAGCUGAAAUAGAAAUUAUUCGACAUGAUCGAUCAAUAGAACCAAUUGUAUUUCCUGUUCCACAAUUAUGUGAAUUUUUAACAAAUGAAAAAAAACAAAAAGUUUUUUUAACAUGUGAACAAGAUGAACAAGGUUCUAAAGUAAAAGAUUUUUUUGAAAAAUUUCCUGAAAUAUUCGAAGAAAUGAAAUGGCAAAGAAAAUUACGUCAUCAACCAACAUUAUAUUGGUUUUCAUCACAAAUGUCAUUAUGGAGUGAUAUUGCAUUUAAUUUCGCUGUUUUAAUUAAUAUUCUUGUUGCUGUUUUUUAUCCAUUUAAUAAAGGUCUUAAAGAUCUUGAUUCUCGUGCUUCAGCAGCUAUAUGGAGUGCAUUAUUAAUAACUUUAAUUGCUAUUUUAUUUAAACCAAAUAAAACAUCAAUGCGUAUGUUUUUUGUUGCGGGUAUUUUAAGAUCAAUUUAUUCAGUUGGUCUUGGACCAACUUUAUGGUUAAUGGGAGCCAUACAAGUAUUAAAUAAAGGAAUAUUUUUAGUUAGUUUUAUGGGAAAUAAUGGAACAUUUUCAAAAUCACGUUAUGAAAAUUUAACUAAUUUUCAACUUGUUUAUCAUGUUGGAUAUCUAGGACUUUGUAUACUUGGAUUAUGUGCUCAUGAAUUUUUCUAUAGUUUAUUAUUGCUUGAUGUUGUCUAUCGUGAAGAUACUUUGUGGAAUGUUAUUCAAUGUGUUGUACGCAAUGCUAAAUCCGUUAUAUUAACAGCUGUAUUUGCAGUCAUUAUAAUUUAUUUAUUUGCUAUAUGUGGUUAUUUAUUUAUCCAAGAUGAUUUUCUUAUGGAAGUACAAGAUAAACCACUUUCAAUAGAAAAUCAUAGUUUACUUGAUAUAAUUUUUCGAGAUUCAACAUUAUUUCAAGUUACACAAUCAGUAACACGAAAUGGAAAAUCAAUAAUGUUAACAAUGACAUUAGCUCUUAUACUUAUAUAUCAUUUUUCUAUUUUGGGUUUUCUAUUUUUUCGUAAUGAUUUUUUAACAAAUAUUCAAUUAAGAAAAAAUUCUAUUCAAUAUCAACGUUCAAGUCAUUCACAUAAAACAACGAUUUUGACGCCUACAAUCAUUCCAACUACUUAUGAUAAUGGAUAUUGUACAAAAGAUAAUUGUACUAAUAAUACAAUAACCGGUCAUAUUCGUAAUGUUACUCAAGCAUCGACUAUUUUAUCAGAAGAAGUAGGAAAUGAAGAACUUGAACGUGCUUGUGAUACAUUAUUUAUGUGUAUUGUAACAACACUCAAUAAAGGAUUACGAAAUGGUGGUGGUAUUGGCGAUGUAUUAAGACAACCUUCUAGUCGCGAACCACUAUAUUUCUUUCGUGUUAUAUAUGAUAUGAUGUUCUUUUUUAUUGUUAUAAUUAUAACUUUAAAUUUAAUUUUUGGUGUUAUUAUUGAUAAUUUUGCUGAUUUACGUACAGAAAAACAAAGAAAUGAUGAAAUACUUCGUAAUACAUGUUUUAUUUGUGGACUUGAUCGUAAAUCAUUUGAUAAUAAACAUGUAACAUUUGAAGAUCAUAUACGUAAAGUUCAUAAUAUGUGGAAUUAUGUUUAUUUUAUGGUUUUAAUUCAUGUCAAAGAUCCAACAGAAUAUACAGGUCCUGAAAGUUAUGUUCAUGAAAUGAUCGAACAAAGAAAUCUUGAUUGGUUUCCACGAAUGCGAACAAGUAGUUUAGAUACUCAAGAAGAUAAAACUAAAGAAGAACAAGAUAAUCGAAUAUUACGAGUUCAAAUGGAAAAUGCAAAUGAAGCAAUAAAAACAUUAACAAUGGAAUUAACUGAAUUACAAAAACUAGUAACAGAAUCUCGAGCACAAAAGCAUCGUAUGAAUUUUCUACCAAAUUCGUCAUUACCAACGCCUUUAAAUCCAUGA